GGAAAUGUGAAUAGAGAAGAGGAAGUGAUCAGUGUCUGCAUACAGAGCUGAGGCUGGUGUGUGGCACACGGAGGAGUCACCAUGUCCGUCCUGGCAUCCAUCAUCAUCAUCAUCAUCUUAUCGGUUGUGAAGAAUCCAUGUGACGCGGUCAGACCCGUUGUGACAUUUACUCCUCACUGGAAGAUCGUAUAUGAAGGUGAUACAGUGACUAUGUCAUGUGACGUGGAAGCAGCUACACAACAUACUGACUACUCCUGGUAUAAGAACUCUGAGUAUAUAGGGCAGUAUGUCCAGAAGUAUACAAUCACAUCUGCAGAAGAGAAGGACGGCGGGGAUUAUAUGUGCAGGGCCGGUGGUGAUUACAGUCUCCCUGCCAGGCUGCACGUUAUCACUAAGGGUUCUGCAGAAAGACCUGUUGUGACUUUUACUCCUAACUGGAGGAAGAUAUUUACCUGGGAAACAGUGACUAUAACGUGUGACACCGGAUCCACAGUACGAGGAAACCAGCGAUACUAUUGGUAUAAAGACAAGGUUAUAUUAUAUGAAGAGAAACAACGUAACAUAACAAUUACAUAUGCAGCACCGAAGCACAGUGGGGAGUAUCAAUGCAGAGCUGGAUCCGGGGAUGUAAGUCUCCCUGUCAGACUGGAGGUUUCAAUUGGCUCUCUCAUUCUGCAAGCGCCACCCAAUGUAUAUGAAGGAGACACGCUGACGCUGAGAUGUCACAGUCGGCCUUUGUACAAAGCUGAAAAAGAGGCCGUUUUCCAUAUAGGAAGUAAAGAUAUAAAAUCUGAACAGAAUAUAUUAGAUAUUCCAAACGUAACCACAACUAUGACUGGGAUAUACGGAUGUACAGGGAAAGUAGGCGGUGAUGAUAGAAAGGAUGAGACGUUUAUCUCCAUCCAAGCUCUGUUUGAUACCCCACAAAUAACAACUUAUUGGUCAUCAGUGACAGAGGGUUAUGCGAUGACCCUGACCUGCUACACAAAACGUAACCCGGCCAGGUCUGCUACAGAACUGCACUUUGCUUUCUACAGAGAUGGGCAGAAUGUGCAGGACUUCAGUGCGUCCGCUACAUACAGCGUUCUGGCAGUGCAGCUGGUGCAUUCUGGGUAUUAUACCUGUGAUGUGAGUGAUCCCAGCGGCAGUGUGAGGAAGAGGAGUGAUGCAUUCCAUAUACAGGUACAAGAGCUGUUCUCUUAUCCAGAAAUAAAGUUGGUGCAUACAGAUAUAAUAACGGAAGGUGCUGGCAUGACCCUGACAUGUAACACCGUGAUCAAGCAUGGAUACACCUUAAAACCUCAGUUUGCUUUCUACAGAGAUGGGCAUACUGUGCAGGACUUCAGUGCAUCCGCUACAUACAGCGUUCCGUCAGCGCAGCCGGUGCAUUCUGGGAAUUAUACCUGUGAUGUUAGGUCCCCCAGGGUCAGUGUGAGGAAGAGGAGUAACGUUUUAUGUGUACAGAUAAAAGUUGGCGUGGAUCAGCCUCAGCUGAAGCUCCUACCGGAAGCUGCGACAGUGGGUGAUGAGAUUGUGCUUCUCUGUGAGUCCAGGAACGGCUCCCUACCCAUACACUACCGGUUCUACCAUAACGGGACGCUCCUAGGUAAUAUUACUGUACAUGACAAGAAGGCAGCGGUGCUAUCACUGACCAUCUCCUCACUGACCAUGGCUGGACCCUAUUACUGCGACUCUGGCAAUUAUUUCUUCCCCCAACAUCAACAAAGUGAUACAGUCCAUCUGCUUGUUAUGGCUCCGGUGGUAAAUAUGACUGUCACCACGGAUAAUGAGGAUGAGGGCUUGGCGUUUGGAAGCCCCGUGACUAUGACCUGCUCCAUACAGCGCGCUUCUUCUCCCUCUUACCUAUGGUUACACAAUGAUGAGGUGGUAGAGAGAGACUCUGAGAUGUACCAGCUGAGAGACGAGGGGGCGGUGUUAUACAUAGAAUCACUCACACGCCAUCAUACCGGAACCUACCGGUGUAACGCCAGCAUCGCACUGACCCCCAGCACGGCCUACUCUGUGCUCAGUAACACUCAGGACAUCAACGUCCAGGAACAGAGUCCAGCUGACAGGAACAUUCUGUGGCCGGCACUUGGGAUUUUGCUGCUGCUAAUCCUCAUCCUCACUGUCCUGCUCUUUCUGUACAGACACAGACUGGCUCCAGUACUCGCACGCUGUCACCGGAAACAGCCACCCGCAGAUGUGACUGUUGAUAAACCCGCGGUCAGGGUUGGAGAGAGACCUAUGCUGGAAGAUGCACACAGAUCAGAUACCAGAGAUAAUGAUCUGGGAGAAUACAGCUACAUAACUCCCACGGAGAACCACGCCAAUGAAGAUGUAUGUUAUGCCUAUAUUGACAUCAAUCGGAAACGAGCCGCCUCUGAUACUGCCAAAGACAACGAUGACUUCUCUGUAAUGUAUUCAGUGGUUAAAUAUCCUGGGGACACUGUGAAGACGCAAACAACCGAAGAGACGAGCGACUCCACCAACAUUUACCAGAACUUCACCAAAGCGCACUAGGACAUGUGACCCAGGAGCCGUGAAGAUAUCAUCUAGGUGAUGUCGCUGGGAGAGAUGUUUUCCGGAGCAAUGAUAGUACAUACUGUAUUUAUGUUAUUCAUUACUGUCCUGAUGCAGAGCAGCUACUGCACCAGUUUACACAGAGCAUCUUGUGUGAGUUUCCUCAGUGCAUGCUGGGAAAAUGCGAUGUGCGUGAGAGCGCAAACGCAUUACCGCAUUACUGACAGUGACUGUGAUAUUCCCUAUGCCUGGGGUGGUAGAACAGGGGGAGGGGCCAAUAACAGUAAGGGCCUCAUUAUACAAAUGUGGAUCAGCGUUUCUGCACGUACCGACGCAGCCAUGUCCAGCUUUGCUGCAAAGCAUCAUGCAGCGUCGAUACUUUGUGCAUGGUGCGCCAGGCUGCGACUAUUCACAGCCAGCGAACGCACCAUAAAUUCCUAUGGAUGUGCGUGUGCAAGUCACGGGCACUCUAGUCGCCCCAGCUAUGCUGUGAUGCAGGGUAGCCAUCAGGGGGGAGCUGUGGGGACUGGUGUCCGGGCCCUUACAGAGAGGGGGCCCUCCCCUGGCCUCUACCGCCAAUACCUAUCUACACCAGUCUGUGAAUAAACAGAUCUUGUAGGUCCGCAAUACUCCACCUAUAUGUAAUGCCACAAUGUAUGACAUCACAUAGGGGUGGAGCAGUGCGGCAAAAUCUUUUUUGGGGGUGAGAGGGGCCCUGUAUAUUUUGUCAGUACCGGGCCCCACAAUUUCUGAUGGCGGCCCUGCCGUGAUGCAUGCACAUCAUGCAAAGAUGAACAUGGCUACAUCUGUAUAUACGCUGUAUCUGACAGGGGACGUAUAUUUUGCACCAAAGCGCAGGGAAGAUGAUGACUUGUCGUAACCGAGGCGCCCGCGCUGUCUCUCUGCAUAUGAUCAGAAUUAUUUAUUUUUUAUUUUUGAGUAAUUUAAGCCCCUUUUUCCGACCAACUCUACAUCAGCCGCUAUGGAUCUGAGUCGGAAGCAGAGUGUCUGUAUUUGGUGGUGGUGGCGGAAACCUGAUUACUACCUUCUGCUAACGCGAGUUUCCUGGAGAUACGCAACAAUGCAUAAGUUCUACACAUGCACCGCUUGCGACUACUCGCUGUUUGCAGACAUUGCGUGUGACUCAAGAUCAGACGCCAUACGUCUACACUUACCUCAGUAUGUCCACCAUAAACUCUGUAACUGACUUGUUGCUGUGCUUACAAUAUUACUUCUAGAACAUAUGAUGCAGAUGGUUAUUAUUUCCCAGUUACUCACAGACGUUUGGCAUGAAUAGAGGCCGCUGUAUACUGAUAGCUGUGUGCAUUCUAAGGGGCGUAUCCAAUUCAGCGCAAGGUUUGUGCCGCAAAAAUGAACGCAGCUAACGCACCUGAUUGUAGAAUUAUUAAUUGUUUAAAGUAACAUACUGAUAAAAGCCUAAUUUUUUCAGUUUUAAUUACUUAAAUUUGGGGUGCAUAAAAACUGUAAAAGGAGGCCACAUAUACCCGUCCUGUUCCAUAAUACAGCACCCCCAUAUACCUGUCAUGUCCUAUCCAUACAGCACCACCAUAUACCUGUCAUGUCCCAUCCAUACAGCACCCCCAUAUACCUGUCAUGUCCCAUCCAUACAGCACCCCCAUAU